AUGGCAUCUGGCAGCAUUCAGUGGGCACCACCCAAACCAUUGCAUUUGGAGGGCAACGUAAGCGAGAAUUUUCGCAAGUUCGAAGAGCACUGGACGCUAUUCGAAAAAACAGAGCCCAAAGGAAAGUCAGAAGAGGAGAAAUGUUCUUAUUUUUUGCUAUGUAUAGGAGAAAAAGCGAGAGAAGUACACAAAACUUUAGCUUUCUCAACUCCAGAAACGUCAACAAACACCGAAGGCGCGACAGUUUGGAAGAGAACAACUCAGGAACUUAAAACAGCUUUUAAAGCAUACUGCAACCCGAGGAAAAACCUGACAUUUGAACGACAUAAAUUAAAUACCCGUAACCAAGACGAGAAUGAAACUAUUGAUCAGUAUGUCACCGCUUUACGUACUUUGGCAGCAACCUGCGAAUUCGAAAGUCUACACGACGGCUUGAUACGCGAUAGAAUCGUUUGCGGUAUUAAAGCACAAACCCUGAAAGAACGUAUGUUACGCGAGAACGAUUUGACCUUACAGAAAGCUAUAGAUAUAUGCCCAGCUGCAGAGACAUCUCGAGAUCAACUAAAAUCGUUGUGCGGCGGUGAGAAGAAAAACAACAUUGAUACUUUAGGACGAGAUCGACGAAACCGCUACACUCACGAAGACUACGAAGCGUCCCACCAGAAAUAAUAAUAAUAAUAAUAAUCUUUAUUUAUCCAUCUUAAGUAUAAAAGUACAAUGGAUUUACAGUUUGAUUAAGAUAUGUUAAAAAUAUAUAGAACAUUAUAUAUAUAUAUAUAUAUAUAUAUAUAUAUAUAUAUAUAUAUAUAUAUAUAUAUAUAUAUAUAUAUAUAUAUAUAUAUAUAUAUAUAUAUACAGCCGUAUGCCAUAUAUAUAUAUACUUUUUUCUAAAGGACAAUUGGAAGAGUUCUCCGGUUCAAUUACCUGCCAGCAAAUCCAGAUGGUUCCAAUCCGCAUGAUGAAAAACAACUCAAAGACUUGGAAUUGUUUAUGGAAGAUAAAAAGGUAUAUUUAAUAUACAUGUAAGAAGAUCUAGAAAAUGAGGGAUGCUCAUAGAACUAUUUUAUUGCACGUUAUAUAUUUAAGGGUGGCAAUGGACUUCUUCUUGCGUGGGCCAUCGUAUAUUUCGAUUUGUGGGAACAAGUGUUUGAGGACGCAAACGAAGUGGUCGAGAAGGUGCUUAAAGGACUCCUUCAAAAUUUAAAGUUGCAGCCAAGGUGGAUGAAAGGUGUUUCGUCGAUGAUAAUUGCCCUUACGAUGGUAUGUUGAUGUAUUGCAAGGAAUGAUUUUAAUAUCCUACUUUCAGCACUAUAAUCAAUCAUUAACCUGCAUACAUUGUUUUUAUAUUCUUAUUUAUAUAGUUACGAUUGUCAUGUGGAAAAACACCAGGCAUUUGCGAUUAUGUUUUGUUUACAUGUCAAGAGAUAACCGAAUCAGAGAUUGCCGGACCUUCUGCGAUGCAAAAGUUGGAAAAAAAUAUCGUAAAGAAAAUAAGGAAACAAUCUGAUCCGGUAGGUUUACCUUUCAAUUGUUAUGUCUACAUGAAUUUAGGGGUUUAAUUAUUUUAAAAUGGAUACGAGUUCAAAUAUACGUUAAGUCCAGUUCACACGAGCGAGAUAAGAAUACACUGCACAUCAUCCCUAUUAGUUUUACCUUUUUUCUCUCCUCGUGCUUGUCGGGUACCUCACCCCGGCCUGUGAACUGGACUUUAUAGAACAUGCAUGGGAUGAAUCAGAACUUCUAUUCGCCCGAAGGCUAAGGUAUUGGACAUCAUUUGACAGUUGUCAAAUCAAAAAUAUAUUACAUUACCUCAUCUCUCCGAUGAAUGCGUCUCCCCAAUUUAAACCCCAUCAUCGCGAUCUACUGUUCAGAAAAUAUGAUUUUUAGAUUCUUACAUGGUUGCACCCAAGUGUAACAGUCCAUGAUGUGGCUGGAAAUAAAGUUCCUGGCAUCGCAAUUAUCACGUCAGUUGUCGAUGCUUUUCCUGACGUUUCAAACAGUGUAAGUAUGAAUUGAAUACUGAUUCCUGUUGUUGUAGGAUAAUAAUUGCAAAACAAUUGAUACGAAUUUUAAUUUCUAAUAAUUAAACCUUGGCUUACGCAAAAAUAUUCAAAGAUAUAUAUUUACUAUUACGUAAGGCCCGUUUCAAACUUCUGAUUUGCCAAAUGCAUUAAUAAAUUAAAAAUUCAGUAGAUAAUCAGUUGAGAAGCCUCAUUGUCUAUUGUUGUUAACGCGUUCGGCACACAUGAGAAGUACGAGGUUUGAAACAGGCACAAGCUUGACAAAGCUAUAUGUAUUGCUACGGAAUAGUUAUAGAUUAAUUACCAAAUUAUAUAGUGCAGCUUUCGUUUUUGAAGCCUUCUGACACUUGUGUAUCUUUCAAACAGGAAUUUAAAGAGGAACAGAGGAAACAAACCCAAAAUCCAGUCUCCAUUGGAGUGUAUUUCAAUGCAAAUGGAGAUGGGACGCUCGACGAUAUGGUAAAAAGAAGAGGGACCUGUCAGCGGAGAGCGUACAGAAUCCCUUCGAGUGCCUUGUCUUCUUACACUAGGCACGUUAUUGAAUUUGGUAUGUUGAACAUCUUGAGUUUCAGAUGCCGUAGCCUAUACAGGGUGUAUAAAAAAAACUGAACAGAUAUGAAUUUGCUCUCAAUUUUGCAAAACAGCUAUUAGUAUCCAGUUUUUGAUGUUAAUAUAGCUUCCUUGGGUACUUAAAAUGUAGAAUAAUGAGAAAAAAAAAUCCCGAACUCAAAUGUUGUGAACCGGGGGGGUGUCUUUUCCAACAAACUAAAAAUGGCUUGCGCACGAAAUUUAAAAGCAUUAAUCAUAGUUUGAGUUAAUAGAUUUAAAAUUUGUUGGGUUUUUAAUUACUGCACAAAAUUUCAGGCAAUUUGCUUUAGUUUAAACCCUUUAACUAUUCAUUUUUUCCUAAAAAAAUAACCUUUCGCAUGCUUAAUUAAUGCCUUUAAGUUUGUGAGUAAGUUUGCGUGAAUAGUUAAAUGGCUUAAACUAAAGCAAAUUAUGUGAAAUUUUGUACAGUAAUUACAAACCCAACAAAUUUUUAUAUAUAUAUAUAUAUAAAUUAAGGUAUAAUUAUAAGAUAUAAAUUAUUUGCUGUUAAUAGCUUGCAAGAUUCGUGACGAUCAGCCCGAGGAAAAUGAGGGGGGCAAUGAGGACACGGGGAUGCUGAACUUAUUACAAGAGGAUAUCGAAGCGUUAGAGGACGUGGAGAACAUGCUUCGUGUGCAAAUGGAAGGUACACUCCGGAAACUGGAAGGAAUAUGAAGGAAUAUGUAUAGGCAUAAUGAAGUUGUGAAUGUUUCUGUUUAGCGUGGGCAAGUAAUCGUGACACUGAUGGCGAAUUAGCAGAAGACAAUCAGAUCGCUGAAGAUAUCAACUACGAUUACAGUUUUACGGAGGCAAGAUUUUAA